AGGUAUUUCAAAUCAAUGUAUAAAUGAUAUAUAAAAAGGAUGGUUUUACUGAUAUCGAUAAUGUUCUUGUCCAUUUAUAUGGCUAAGGCACAAAUCGGACAAACAGACUGUACGGAUUCUUCAGAGUGCGCGACCUUGGCCUAUUCGGUGUGCGACACAAUCAUAACUCAGAAAUGCGUGUGCGUCACUUCACAGGGAUUCACGACGAAUGCUAAUGAUGAUGGAUGCGACUACGAUUGCGGGGUGCUAAGCGAACCGAAUAAUGGUGCCGUCUCAUACAAAUCCACGAUACAAGACUCCGUUGCUAUGUAUGGUUGUCACGCUGGAUUCCAAAUAGAUGGUGUGACAAGAAGAACUUGUUCUGUAGUGAAGCCCAAAGGAUGGUCUGGUGUAGCACCCUCUUGUAUUGCAGGUCAACUUGGUGACUUGUGUAACACCAUCACAGACUUGUGUGAUAACAUCAUCAACGGUGAAUGUAGCGUCCUAGGUAUCUGUAGCUGUCUAGCUGGGUAUGAGGCUGUCAGUUUUUUUGCAUGCCAAGAAAUCAACGAGUGUGCUUCUAACCCUUGUAUAAACGGGGGCACGUGUAAUGACCUUGUCAACGAGUUCACGUGCACGUGCGCUACUGGUUUCAAGGGAAUCACGUGUCAAACAAAUGAUUGCAAUACCCUGCCGUGUCAAAAUGGUGGCGCGUGUACAGACAGGCUGGCAACAUACACUUGCGCCUGCACAGCCGGAUUUGAGGGGAUUAACUGUGAGAUAAACAUUGAUGAAUGCGCAAGCUCACCUUGUGGACACGGUGGAAGCUGCAGUGAUGGUAUUGACUUCUACACAUGCAACUGUGUUGCUGGGUACACCGGCCUGAAUUGUCAGACAGAUAUUGAUGACUGUGCUUCACAGCCAUGUUUGAACGAGGGCACCUGUUUGGAGGGCGUAGCGCAGUUUGCGUGUGCUUGUGUGCAAGGCUACUCGGGUUCUUUGUGUCAGGACGGUGUCGGGGACAAAGCUGUCCAGACGCUCACUAUCAUUACAGCCAUAUCGAGCCUUGUGACGGUUGUACUACUGACAAUUGGUGGCAUCGCCAUUGCGUGUACUCGAAAAAGGGGUAAAGCUGUCCAAUCUCACAAAGAACAAAAUUUUAUGAUGUCCUCGGCCCGAGACAGCAGGGAUAUUGAGAACGUGAGUCAGAUAAUGGACUAUGAAGUCCUGGGGAACCGGGAUAGCAAUAAUGCAGACAGACGUUCAUAUCAGGAUCUCCACGGGAUCAACAAAACGUAGUGAACUCCCGAAUUAUCAACCUCGCACGAGUUUAACCUGAACUGCAGCCGAUCUAAUAGUUUAGACUAUCCCUUUGCGUUUUUAAAUGCAUAUUUUAUGUGUUUUAUUCCUAUUUAUCGUGUUCCGCGUACCUAUACGCGGCAAACGAGUACGACAGACGGAAAUAAUAUGUUUGCUUAUACACUCCUUAUUGGCCACAUGACUUUAACGUGUUCCGCGUACCUGUACGCGGCAAACGAAUACGAUAGACGGAAAUAAUAUGUUUGCUUAUACACUCCUUAUUGGCCACAUGACUUUUUUUCAACAUGUCAUGAGUUACUUUGUGGCAGGGAUACAUGUUAGAAAACAAACCUGCGCUGUGACUGGGAAGGCAACAUGGCACACAACUAAUGUCAUUAAUCUGAAUAAAUG